UGUUUCCAGGCGGGGCUUCACACGACGUCAGCGAGAAGCCUGCGUUAUGGUUUGUGGGCGUACCUUCUGGGCGAGAGGACGACUCCUCGGUUGUCCCAGUACAGCAAAAUCAUCACUGUGGAUGGAAACGUGGCGUCGGGGAAAGGAGCUCUGGCCCAGAAGUUAGCUGACAAGCUGGGGAUGCACUACAUGCUGGAGCCUGACACGUUCUACAUGGACAAGAUGACGGAGGAGAAGGAGCCGCUUCCUGUCGACUUUAACGGGAUGUGCAGCCUGGAGAAGUUCUACACAGACCCCAAAGCGGCAGGUGGGAACAGCUACAGGCUACAGAACUGGAUGUACAUGAUGAGGCUGCUUCAGUACGCCGACGCCAUCGAACACCUGCUCACCACAGGUCAAGGAGUGAUCCUGGAGCGCUCUCCCUUCAGUGACAUGGUCUUCCUGGAGGCCAUGUUUAAAGAGGGCUACAUCAGGAAGGAGUGCGUGCAGCACUACAAUGAGAUCAAAGGCAUCAGCAUCUGUGAGUUCCUGCCUCCUCACCUCGCCAUCUACAUCGACCAGCCGGCCGAGGAGGUGCAGAAGAAGCUGAAACAGAGCGACAAGGCCUUCCUGCAGAACGUUCCUCUGUCUUAUCUGAAGAGCAUCGAGGACUCCUACAAGAAGUCUUUCCUGCCCAGCAUCAGCGAAACGUCCGAGCUUCUUGCUUAUGAUGCAACACAAGCCCAGGAUGUUGAACGGGUGGCCGAGGACAUCGAGUAUCUGAAGUUUGAAAAAGGACCGUGGCUGGAGCAGGAUGACGUCACCUACCACCACAUGAGGAUGCUUGUUGAAGACAAACAGCGGGUCGCUUGUCUGACUCAUAUUCCAAAGUUUCUGCCUGAGAUCACCAUCGGAGCUCACGAGUACGACGAGAAGUACACGGCCUUCAGAGCGCUCCCGGGGAAGCAGUACGCUCGUGGUUAUAACGAAGACGUGGGAGAUAAAUACGUCUGGCUGAAAUGAGUCCAGGAGUGACGACUCGUCCUCCGUCUGUACAUCCUAAAUAAUGUUUAUGUGUUAAAUAAAGAAAACAUUUAGAAUCUGUAAA